GGGGCAACUCGGAUUGAUGUGUCGCGCACUUUUUGGUGCCGAAUUGUUUGGAUACGAGGACGUGACCUGUGAAGAGAAGAGCUCUGCAGAUGAUCCGGCUCAUGGUCAAAAACCUCCUGAACAUCUGGGUCAGGAAAAAGAUGAGUGUGGAAGUGGAGCGAAAAUUUGUGUGCAAUGCUGACACUCUGAAAACUCUGGAGGAGAUCGGGGCAGUGUGUGUUGGUCAACGCCAGUUUUGUGACCGGUACUUUGACACCUCAAAGUUUGACUUGACUUUGAAAGACAUUUGGCUACGUAAACGUACAGGAUGCUGGGAGCUCAAGUGCCCAGUGGCAGUCAGCGGGACAGAAGAGAAGUCUGGAGAACAAUCUAAAGCGGCAGCACUGUGUUCCCGCUACAAGGAGAUAACCAAUCUGCCUGAAAUUCAGCUGAGAGUGAAAGAGGUCAUUAAAGCUGUUUGUGAGGAUGGAGAGACAGAGACAAGCCCCUCACAGGAGGAUGAGUCUUGGCUGAGCAAAAUGAAUCUGGUGUGCUUCGCAGAAUAUACAACAGUGCGGCGGUCAUUCACUUUAGAGGAGGAGGGGGUGAAGAUAGAUCUCGACCAAGCUGACUUUGGCUACCAUGUGGGAGAGAUAGAGGUCCUGGUUCCAGAGGGAGGAGAUAUGCAGUCUGCCUUGGGGAAGAUUGAAAGAACGGCUAGGAAACUGGGUCUGACUGGAGAUCAGCAAGUUGAAGGAAAAAUGCAUGUUUACCUUAAAAAAAAAUACCCAGAACACUAUGCAAAGCUACUGAGUGCACAUGUUUUGUAAGACAUAUUAUACAUGAUCUCUAACUGUUAGGAUUAAAGCAGGGGUAGGCAGAAUGUUUUCUCUGAAAUUCUUUGCCAGUAUUAACAUGAGUUUUAUUUUGUUUAUUGUCAGACUCUUUUUGAUAAGUUUAUCAUUUAAUGGGUUGCUUUGCAGUGUUUGCAGUUGUUGCCAAUGCUGAAAUAGCAUCUUUCUCUGCAGGAGGAUUCUCUGUCAUUGAAACAGGGUUUCACCAAAGGGAUGUGCAUAGCACGCUCAUCUACAUUUGUAAACAGCAGAAAGGAACGCCCUCUCUCUGACAGAAAGUUCAUUCAACCCAAAUGAAAUGAUUGGAUGGCCAUAUUACAAGCCUGCAACUUUUUCUUUUUUUUUUUUCAUUUCAUUUAUUGAUUGCUGUCGAGAUGUAAAGAGAGUUUUAAAGAAUGUGAAAAAAAAAGCUUCUAAAAUAAGUUGCUUUUAAGAUGUACAUAAUCAUAUCUACAAUACUGAGGUAUUGUUUAUUAGAAAUCCUAAUUUUAUUAAAAUUUAGAAAAUUUAAAAAGACUAAUUCACUGACUUCACACUGUAUUCACUGCACGGACCUGAAUCUCUCAAGACAUUCCCUGAAUUAAUUAGCCUACUUUAGAAAACAGCAAUAGGCCCUUAGAAUUUACACUUGCAGGAUGCUCAAUGGCUGCGUCCUAUACAUAUGGGGCGAGCGAGAUGAAGUGUGAAUACUGGAAGUAAAUUGGGUACCAUACUCUAAGUUAACUAUUAUUGAUGAUUGUUUUGUUGUGUGUUGUAUUAAAAAGACGACGAUUAAACAUCUUAGACACUCUCAGAUGAAGAGCAGGUAACUUUAUGUUUCACCCACAGCACAGGAUGAAAGUCAGAAACUUCUGCUUCUCAUGCUGACUUCAGCAGCUGGAUUUUUCUUGUUGUAUAACAAAUGAUUUGGCUGUGCAAAUAUGGCUUCCCUGGUCUUACAUCAUCAAGCCUCCUGUGUGAUCUCAUUUUCUGCAGCAAUCACUCUUCACUAGUUUUCAGAAAUGUAAAAAUCUUAACAUUCAUGGGAAUGUUUCAACAAUUUGUACCAUCAGGGUUUGUGCUGAUCCUUAAAAAGCUUUAAAAGGGGAUUAAUUAAUAAUCUAAAUGUCUGAAAUCAUUCUUUAAUAAGGCUUUAAAAUGCUGAACCAUGGGAAGCAGGAUUUUCUGAAUCUUUUUGACAGCAUUACAUUGUAAAAUCUCAAAAUAACUGGUAACAUCUAUUUUUUUUUUUAAAUAAGUUACCGAAUGCCUCUUGCACUAACUUUAACUUAAAAAAGUGAUUGAUGUCAUAUUUCUUUUUUUCAUUCCAAGUGUCACUAAAAAAAAAGUCUGAAAAAGUCUUUAAUUUAACUUACCUUGCACUGUAGCAUACUCCCCAACUAUGAAAUUAGUUAAACUGGGUUAUAUGUCAGCUUUAUGCCAUAGAAACAUGCAUGAAUUAAUUGAAUUAUUGUGUGUGUAUGAUUUAAUAUUGAAUAAAAGUCAGCAAAGUGUUCAAUGUAAAAAAAUAUGAAAAGUUAAAUAUGUUUUGCGCUUAAUUAUAAUUUUUAAUUUUAUAUAUUUUUUUAAUUUUGCAGUACAAAGCAAAAAUUAAGUUACUUUUGCAUUGCCAGUAACAAAAGCAGCACUUUAUUUUGAUGACACUAUAAUAGUUAAAAAACUUUUUGACUAUCAUUUCUCUACAAAUACUCUUUGUUUGUAUUUGCUGUUACCUCCAACAGAGCAUCUAGUUAAAAUAAGAGAAUAAUUGG